AUGGCGUCAAUUGUUGGAAAAUCUCUCGGGCGCUUUCGCUGGCCAGGUAAAGCUUUUUUGAUUUCAUGCUCUGUACUUAAAAUAGUCAUUGUUGCAUGCGCUGUGUGAAGAGGAAUUUUCACCCUUGUUGAGGUUGGGCUUGAAGGGACUGGGUCGGCGUCGCGUCGAAUGGCAUAAGUGGUGAGCUUACGCAACAGAACGGCGGAGAAGAGAACAGCAAAACGUUAGUGUAUGACAAACGUGACAAGGCUAUUACUUACAAGUUUUGUCGUGAUCUUUACUUAACAUUACUGUGUUUACCAUACAUGAUUAUUGUCAAGCUUGUCAUACAAGGUUUGCCGUCUUCUCUCUUCUGUCGUCCUUUUGCCUAAGUUGACUAAUGGUACUCUGUUGGGUACGGAUUUCUAACAUAUUAAGUGACUAUGAACCUCAUAAUAGCUAAAAAAAGUGAUAACGUCCCCAAGGGCACGCCAUGACCUCGACUCAAUCUAAACCGCCUCAAAAUGGCCGCAUCCUCAAGCGGUAUAUUUAGUGUCUUUUAUUUCACUGGUCACAGUCAUCUUCUCCCGCUGUCUCGUACUCUCCACGGGGAAUGCGUGUUUUGAGCAGGAUAAUUCACAACUAUUCUUCUGAUUGUUUGUUUUGUCUUGGGACUCAGAUCUCCGAUCCGUGCUGGGUAGCCUUGUUUUUCUAAUUAUUCAUCUCAAGUAUCUGUGUACAAAAUCUGCUCCAUAAUCAUUUUACUAUCGCUUAGGUACUGAAGAACAUAAUUUUUACCUUAGGAAGUGUCAAGACUGUUGAAGGAACGUUAGCUGGAAUCUUAUCACAACUGCUAUUUUUGUUGAUGUUACAUUAUACAGGUAUUUUGAGUAACUAUGAGUUAGCUCCCCUCUCCUCCCAUUGCAUACGUUAUUAAUUGGGCUACCUGUGGCAAAGCCCAAUCGAAAAAUGCAGGCCCUCGUCUGUGCAGCAAAAAGACAAAAUCGCGGAAGGAUCACGUUUCCCUUCCUCCUUCCUUGAGGCACCCUUUUUGAUUAUUGAGGGGAGGUUAGGUGAUUUCAAAAAAGGACUUAUACCGAAAACAAACAAACAGACUUUUACCGAAAAAUAAUAUUCUUGCGUAAAGGUAUUAGUCCUUUACUUCAGCCUAAAAAAUUGGAAAAAAUCUGAUACUACAAUGAGUUCAAUAGGAGUAGCUAUACCGCACUCAAUCCGAAAAAAAGUUUAAUUAUCAUCUAUGCUUGCCAAAAUAUUAAAAAACCACUGCUUCGCGUAGGCGACAGUUCAGUGAACUUGUGCCACAUGAAAAGUCGACAAUUUGAUGCGCGUUCCUGCAUUCAGCCUCUCUUUCAUUAUUGAAAAAGAUAAACAAGAUAAAAAGCGUAUCUGUUUUAUCAGAGUUUUAAAAUAAUUUCCAAUCUUUGCUCUAACUUUUCAGGCGUGUUGUCGUUACCAAAAGAACGUUGGUUACCAGUCUCCGCCGCAGUGACAGCUGGGUCUUUGUUGGAGGCCUGGACUUCACAAAUCGAUAACAUCAUACUAUCGCCAUUUUUGAGUUCACUGUUACUGUACAACUGUAGAUAA